AUGACCGUCGUCCUACCCGUGCUUGCGUCGAGUGAAACGGACCCGACUCAGCCAUCGCUGCGACAACUGGAGAAGAUGCCCCUUGCGCUAUUUGAAAAGACCCUUGACGACCCCAGUGACGAAAUGGCAUCGUGGGUGGAGACGCGGAUAUGGCUCAUGCUCGGACUCUUCGUGGUCUCUUUAUUCGCGUCAUGCUUUCCCAGCCUCUCCCAGCGACUACCAGGCGUACGCGUCCCGGGCAUCGUGUUCUUCAUCGGAAAACACUUUGGCACGGGCAUCAUCAUCUCGACUGCUUUCGGCCAUCUGUUGCAGGAUGCCUAUGAGGCCCUACUCAGUCCCGCAGUCGCACAAAGAUGGGCAGUGUCGGAUUGGGUUGGCAUGAUUGUCCUGAGCUCAUUACUCCUCAUCUUCCUUGUUGAAUAUAUCUCGACAUCCUACGUUGAUCGCCUACAGUCAUAUGCGUCUCAACCUCCCACGCCGUGUGACACCCCAUCCACAUCCUCACCCACCCCGAGGCCGGGCUCACCGGCGCACCCCCCGUCUGCCAACGAGGGACACGUUGCCGAUGCUCCUCUCCCGCUCGCACCGCCCGAGUCGUCCACCCCCGUGAAUGAGCCCUUCACCGACGAGUCUACCCCACUCAGCGGCAACGGCACCCCGGCCUACGGCGCCACGCCGCACCCUGGCCCGCGACCUGCAGCUUGGGCGCACACCUUCCCUAGGACACAAAGCAGCAAGCGGCGGGGCACCAUCGCGGAGGCGAGCGAGGAGAUCUUCGCGGGCGGACACCACCGGCACGAGGAGCGCGGCUCGCACGCAGAGCACCACGGCAGUUGGAAGUCGUGGAUGGGGUGGUUCGGGCUUGGUAGUGGUCGGGCGGUGGACGAGGACGAGGAGGCUGCUAGUGGAAGCGCACGGAAGGGGGUGGAGACGCGCAAGCACAGCAACAGCCACGCGCACGACCGACACGGUAGCCACGACCAUGGACACCACCGUGGUGGACAUGCACAUGCUCACGGGCAUGCGCAUAUGGACAUGGAAAGAUGGUCCCCGGAGCGUGACGAGGGAGACGAAUCUGAGCUGGAUGGGCCGGAGGCGAAGGUGGGGAUGCGGAGGCAGGUCAUCGGGAUCCUGAUGCUCGAGAUCGGCAUCAUGAUUCAUUCCCUCGUCAUCGGCCUCACGCUCGCGAUCACCUCCGGCGGAGAGUUCACAUCGCUCGUCACUGCCAUCGUCUUCCACCAGCUCUUCGAAGGGCUCUCGCUCGGGAUCCGGAUAGCCACACUGCCUGCCGCGGCCGCUCGAGAAGUCGCGGGCCUGCGCCUGCUCAAGCCCAUCCUCGCCGUCUCCUUCGCAAUCACGACCCCCAUCGGCAUCGGCAUCGGUCUCGCGGCGUUCGAGCCGGGGCGCAGCGAGGGCGCGAAAGUGACGCUGCUGCGAGGACUGAUGUCCGCGCUGUCGGCGGGGAUGCUGAUCUACGCGGCGUGCGUCGAGAUGCUCGCGGGCGACUUCGUGCUCGACCCCCACCUGUGGCGGAGCAGCGUCGCGCGCCAGGCGCUCGCGCUCGGGAGCUUGUUGCUGGGGUGUGUCGCCAUGGGCGUCGUGGGCAUUCUGGGCGAGUGA